UCUACUAAUUCAUAGUCUUCGUCUCCCAGUUGCUAUAUAUACACACACAAACAAAUAAACACUUAAUUUUCUAAGUCUACUCAAAUCUACCAAUCUCUCUCUACUUCUUCAUUGAAGACAUGGAUGAAGUAGCAAAUUAUGUUUCUCAAAGUUACGAAGUUGAAUUAGAGGAUGCUUCAUCAGACAUCAGAAAAAGUCCAUGGACAGUUGAAGAGGACGCCGUACUGACGGAGUAUGUUAACAUCCACGGCGAAGGCCGGUGGAACGCCGUCUCGAAAUGCGCCGGAUUGAAACGUACCGGUAAAAGCUGCAGAUUGAGAUGGUUGAACUACUUGAGGCCAGAUGUUCGGCGUGGAAACAUAACUCUUCAAGAACAGUUGUUAAUUCUUCAACUCCAUUCUCGCUGGGGCAACAGGUGGUCAAAAAUAGCACAGUUUCUACCGGGAAGAACAGAUAAUGAGAUAAAGAAUUACUGGAGAACAAGAGUACAAAAGCAAGCAAAACAACUCAAAUGUGAUGUUAACAGCAAACAAUUCAGAGACGCCAUGCGUUAUAUCUGGAUGCCCCGAUUAAUCGAGCGAAUCCAAGCAUCCGGGUCUUCCACGGGUCAACCCACUAGCGUAGUCAACCAUAAUGAUCAAUUUCCACCGCCAACUGAGUGGCAGAUUGACCCAAGUUUCAUAUCCGAGCCGUCAGGGACUUCUUCAGACUCAGUAGACUUCACAGAGUUUCAAAAUCAGAGCAGUAAUGAAGGCCAUGAAGACAACGGGUCGGGUAGCUGGGCGGGUGAAGUGGGAAUGGAUGGAAAUGGGUACGGUGGAGAUUCAUUGGAGAGUUUAUGGAAUGAAGAAAAUAUUUGGUUCCUACAACAACAGCUAAUGUGAGUGAUGGAAUUUGUUUACGUGACGCCUAAGGCAGUGGUUCACUCAUUCUAUGAUUAUGAGUAUCAUUUUACGGUAGCUAAAUUAACAAUAUAAUUUUGAUUUUGUUCAAAGAAAAAUAAUAAUAGUUAGUUUGUUUGUAGAUUAUACAUACACGUAACUGAAUCAACAAACGUUUUAUGUGUAAUCUUUUUGAGUAGUGACAUUAAAACAAAAUCAAGUUUUUGUUUGGGUUAA